CCUCGCUCCCUCCCGGCUCCGGGGAAAGUUGCGUGGAGGAAGGAGGUGGUGUCCAGAACCCACCGGCACGGCCUCCUGCUGCCCUUCCCCGGACCGGGUGGAAAUACCUUCGUGAUCCCCUGGCAGUGGAGAGGAGGGAAGUAUGCCCGAGCUGCUGCUCCCGGAAAAAGUGCGAACCCGCGGUUCUGCACGGGAAAUGCGCCCAGGCCUUUCCUCCCCGUUGGCCCCCUUUGGGUGCCGUUGCACACUGUGCUCUCCCCCAGUCGGGGGGGUCAGCCUAUUCCCUUCCCCAAAGGCCGGGGAAAAGGGAAGGCCUGCCCCUAAACCCCCUUGUCGUUCUGCUGGUGGCAUCCUUUUAUCUAGCAUAAGGAGAACAGUAGGUGCUCAAGUUCCCUUCGGACCAUGCAGAAGUGAAACACAGAAUGGGGCAGCACUAACUGCGUUGGUUCCAUUCAGGGAAUUCUGAGCGAGUUGGCGAUGGCAACGGUCCUGCCCGGGAGACUGGAAACCACUGUGGGACCGUCUGCUCCCGUCAAGAGUCCGCAGCACAUCAGGCGUUCUGGGAUUGUUUGGGGGCUCAGUUGGCUAAAGCGAACGUUUAACUCCGUCGGGCUCAGGGCCUGUGGAGAAGCAGUGUGGUCGAGCAGGACCCAAGAAGCUCUGAACUUCCCCAUUUGCAAUCCUAGUAAUCUGUACUUUAGGGCUGUGCUAUUAUUGCAGGCUGCGGAGGAGGAGGAGGCGGAGGAGAUGGACCCCCCCACUUCGGCUUCCGGGGUGUUCUGUAGUCGGGUGUUGAGCAUGGUGAACUCGGAGGAUGUGAAUGCCAUUAUUCUGGCACAGAAGAACAUGCUAGACCGGUUUGAGAAAACCAAUGAAAUGCUGCUCAACUUCAACAACCUCUCCAGCGUGCGCAUGCAGCAAAUGAACGAGCGCUUCCUCCAUCACACCAGGACCCUGGUGGAGAUGAAGAAAGACCUGGACAGCAUCUUCCGCAGAAUCAGGACUCUGAAAGGGAAGCUGGCAAAGCAAUACCCAGAUGCUUUCAGCCAUAUCCAUGAGUCGCCCAUCCUGGAAGACGAUGACGACUUUGACCCUAUUCCCCAAAGCACAACCACCACCAUCGCCACCUCUGAACAGAGCACAGAAUCGUGUGACACGAGCCCCGAUAUCAUCUCCCCAGCCAUGAGUCAGGAUUUUGAAGAUUUGUCACAAGGGCGGCUUGACUCACCGGCUGUGAACGGACAGAGCCUGACGGAUGAGGAAGGGGCAGAUGAAGAGGACUGACCUCCUCCCCGAGCCCCGAGGACACCAGCAGAAGUGACCGAGCAAAUCUGGAGCGGAUAAAUGGGUGUCCUCCUCUCCCACCCCUUUCCUUCCCUGUCUCUGCGUUUGCGACGCGACAGGACAGAGGAGUGGUUCCCCUGUGUUGCCGAGCCAGGGGUUUGCAUGCAUGCAGGCAAUAGCCAACUCAGAAAAACCUCUCGUAUUCUGGUCUGUCCUGGGGCCCCAGACCCCACGGUUCAGCCGGGGUGUGGGCUACAGUGUGGCCGGGAGGCCCAGUGAGAAGGGAGGGGGCAUAUUGCGGAGUUUCUGAAAGUUUCUUUGCUGAUCAUUUGUGUGUGAUUCCGUCCAUCCCUCCCUCCCUCGAACUUUCUCAACUUUUUCCAGAAUCCUUGAGGCUCUCUCUAUAUUUUCCACACGUGUUAAACCAAACCUGGAACUUCCUGGUAUCCAAACUCAUUCAGAUCUCUCCUCCCGGCAGCAGGGGCUUUUGGAGGGUCAGAGAGUGGGCUUAAGAAUGAGUAUUUACUUCCUUUGAAAUGGCGACCAAAGCAACCACCUGCUGGGUAGGGUGCCCUGGGGCACAGUAUUGGCACUGUGCCGUUUGUCGCUUUGGCCUUGGAUGGAUCCUGCACGUUGAAAACCAACCUGAGUGUGCACUUUACGUCCUGUACCUCCAGCAAGAACAUGACUGUCAGAUGGGAGAGAGAGAGAGGAAGCACGUUGCACAAUGGAAUCAUCACAAUAAUGGUAGUGUCUCUGAAGUGCUGGAGCUGUGCCAAGCACUCUACUUAAGCCCUGGGGUAGAUACAAGAUAAUAUCAGAUCAUGGCAACAGGACUGAAUACUGUCAGAUGCCCCCUUUAAGGGCACCAAGGCAGAGGCCAGUUUUAAACAACGCCUGAAUGCCUCUAUUGCCACAUUAGCCAACCUAGAACCCCAGGAGGGAGAGCUCAACUGUAAUGCCACUCACAUCCUCCCUGGAGCAUUUCUGCUCUGGGUGGCUCUGACAGCUGCAGCAAUGUAAAGCUUUUAACUUGCGCACUCUAAUCCUCUUUCCCAUCACACAUCGUAUAUAUAUUAUAUAUAUAUAAAUAUGAAAUAUCAAGUAUUUUCUUCUGCUAGUAUCCUUAGGGCUUUGCCGAAACAAGUGAAAUGUCAAAGACGGAAGCUGGAAGGAAGCGUCUGCGUUUUGUCUGCUUCUAACCUGACGUUGCCAAUGUUUGUUGAGCAGCACCUGGCAGAGAGCAGAGUUUGGACUCCCAGCUUGGGCUGCUGUGAAGUGAGAGGGUCGGGGUAAGGGCGUCCUCCUUGGGUCCUCGGCGGAAUGCAUCACAACUUUGAAAAUAGAAUUUAUUGGAAUAUUUUUGUACCUUACUUUACAAAUAAUAUUGGAAAAUAACCAAUAAAGAGACUCCAUUGCUAAAAGGUGCA